AAGUGACUUCCUCGCGCCUUGCGAUUUUUAGCUGUGAGUUCUGGUGGCUGGUGGCGGAAGAGGUUGUAGGCGGUCCAUGCCGGAGAGUCGCUAUGGAGGCGGAGGAUUCGGAUGUCGUAUCGCUGCCUCGUGGUCGCUUUCGCUGCUGUCUCUGCGACAUUACUACAGCCAACCGACCCAGCCUCGAUGCCCACUUGAAAGGCCGGAAGCACCGGGAUCUAGUACAAUUACGAGCUACCAGAAAGGCCCAGGGGCUUCGAAGCGUCUUUGUCAGUGGCUUUCCCAGGGAUGUGGGUUCUGCUCAGCUCUCUGAGUAUUUCCAGACAUUUGGCCCUGUGGCCAAUGUUGUCAUGGACAAGGACAAGGGGGUGUUUGCCAUCGUGGAGAUGGGCGAUAUAAGUGCUCGGGAGGCUGUCUUAUCACAGCCCAAGCACAGGCUGGGGGAACAUGGACUGCGGGUCCGGCCCAGGGAGCAGAAGGCGUUCCAGAGCCCAGCCUCCAAGUCUCCCAAAGGAGUGGACUCAAAUAACCACCAGCUGGCCCAAGCCCUGGCCAAAGCCACAGGCGUGGAGGCACAGAUGGCAAAGCUGGUAGAGCUGAGGGAGCUGUCUGAGGCCGAGCGGCAGCUUCGGAAACUUGUCGUGGCCCUGAUGCAGGAGGUCUUCACAGAGUUCUUCCCUGGCUGUGUGGUCCAUCCUUUUGGCUCUUCUAUAAACAGCUUUGAUGUUCAUGGCUGUGAUCUGGACCUCUUCUUGGAUCUGGAUGAUACAGAAGAGACCCAGCCAGCCCCACAGGCCCCAGAGAUUCCAGAGGCUCCAUCUGUGGACUCAGCACUUGCUUUUUCCCUGGAUCCUCAAGCGCUGGCCUGUACCCCAGCCUCUCCUCUAGACUCACCGUCUCCAACUUCUCUCCACGAUUCUGAGGCCCUGGAUCUUGAAACCACGUCUUCUCUGGCACCACAGACCCCAGAUUCCGCUUUGGGCUCUGACACUGUCACUUCUCCCCAGUCCCUGCCUCCGGUUUCACCGCUGCAAGAGGACAGGGGAGAGGGGAAACUGGGCAAAGCUUCAAAGGACGAGAAGGAGGAGGCGGCGGCAGUGCUAGAGCUCGUGGGCUCUAUCCUGCGGGGCUGUGUCCCUGGAGUGUACAGAGUCCAAACUGUGCCUUCCGCCCGGCGCCCGGUCGUCAAGUUUUGUCAUCGGCCUUCAGGUCUUCAUGGGGACAUCUCCCUCAGUAACCGGCUGGCUUUGUAUAACUCCCGUUUCCUGAAUCUCUGCUCUGAGAUGGAUGGCCGAGUCCGGCCCCUGGUGUACACCCUACGCUGCUGGGCUCAACAUAAUGGGCUGUCAGGGGGCGGCCCCCUUCUCAAUAACUACGCCUUGACGUUGCUAGUGAUCUACUUCCUUCAGACCAGAGACCCUCCAGUGCUUCCUCCUGUGGCCGAGCUCACCCAGAGAUCAGGUGAAGGGGAGCAGGUAGAAGUUGAUGGCUGGGACUGUAGUUUCCCCAAGGAUGCCUCCCGACUGGAGCCCAGCACCAACGUAGAGCCUCUCAGUUCUCUGCUGGCUCAGUUCUUCUCCUGUGUUUCCUGCUGGGAUCUUUCGGGCUCCCUGCUGUCCCUGAGGGAAGGUCGGGCAUUGCUGGUGGCAGGGGGCCUGCCUUCUGAUCUUUGGGAGGGGCUGCGCCUUGGCCCUAUGAAUCUCCAGGAUCCCUUUGACCUGAGUCACAAUGUUGCAGCUAAUGUAACCAGUCGGGUGGCUAGACGUCUGCAGAACUGUUGUGGUGCAGCAGCUAGUUACUGCCGCAGCCUCCAGUACCAGCAACGCUCCUCCCGGGGCCGGGACUGGGGAUUACUCCCACUUCUGCAGCCCAGCUCCCCUAGCUCCCUGCUGUCUGCCAAGCUCAUCCCCUUACCGCCUGCCCCCCUUCCUCAGAUCAUUAUGGCUCUGGUGCGUAUAUUAAAGGAAGCGCUUGGAUGCCAUAUAGAACAGGGAACCAAGAGACCACGGUCAGAAGGUCCCAGAACCAAAGCCUCUUCCCUGGGAGGGACAAACAAAAGGCAGAGACUAGAUGGGCAAGAACAGAGCUGUGAGGAGGGUAAUGAGGAGUCAGGGGGAUGUGCCGGGGACCACAGUGAAAACGGAGUAGAAGAAAUGGUAAUGGAGUUGCAAGAGACACCUCAGGACAGGGCGUCGUUGAGCUCUGGACCAUCAGGUGAGUUGCCCCUGAUGACUUCGAAGUGUCUAGACAAGCUGGCUGAGCAGAAGCCCGUGGAACCUGAAGUAGCUGGAGAAGAGUCUGCGGGUGAGACAGGGAAGGAAGCCUCACACCUGUCACCAGUGAGCUGGCGCUGCGCUUUGUGGCACCAAGUGUGGCAGGGGAGGCGGCGUGCCCGGAGACGGCUACAGCAGCAAACCAAAGAAGGCGGAGGAGGCGCCAGCACUGGCACAGAGUGGCUGGCAACGGAGGCUCGUGUGACCCAGGAACUGCUGAAAGGACGGGACAGUGAACCGCAGAGGCCGCAGGGGGAGCCUCUCCUCACCUUUGUGGCAUCUGUCUCCCAAGCUGACCAGGCACUCACUGUGGUACCAGUCCAAGAUGCCCAAGGCCUGUUCCCCGGACUUCAUCAUUUCCUACAGGUUUUUCUCCCUCAAGCACUUAGAAAUCUCCUUAAGUGAGGAGCCAGACCUCAAAGACAAAUAAAGCUGCUAGUUUAUUUAAUACA